UCCCGGCCUGGACUCUUGUCAGGGUCACAGUAGCAACCAGGUGAACCGCACCGCCACCCGGGAAGGUAUGACCCGGCGAGGCUGUGCCCUAGCUUUGGGGGUUUGAUAGAAACCCGCUCCUGUCCCCAGGUGAAAGUGUGGUGGGAGGGAUGAGGCAGGCGGGACACUAGCACUGGAAGCCAGCGUGGAGGGCCGGGUCUUCCCUGCAGCUGAGCAGUAAUCUGGCCGCGUGAGAUCCAGAAGAGGCGAAGGUUCUUACUGCAAGCAGCUGGCCAGCAGCACCUGCCCAAGGAGUGACCUGCUUGCGCCCCGGGACCUGUCGCAGGCCUCAGCCCACAGGAUGUCCAGCCAGGACCUGAGUAUCACCGCGAAACUCAUCAAUGGAGGCGUGGCAGGACUCGUGGGGGUGACCUGUGUGUUCCCCAUCGACUUGGCCAAGACGCGGCUGCAGAACCAGCAUGGGACAGCCAUGUACAAGGGCAUGAUCGACUGCCUGGUGAAGACAGCGCGGGCCGAAGGCUUCCUGGGCAUGUACAGAGGGGCAGCGGUGAACCUGACCUUGGUCACCCCGGAGAAGGCCAUCAAGCUGGCUGCCAACGACUUCCUGCGGCAGCUGCUCAUGGAGGACGGGAGGCAGAGGGACCUGAAGAUGGAGAUGCUGGCCGGGUGUGGUGCUGGGAUGUGCCAGGUGGUGGUCACCUGCCCGAUGGAGAUGCUGAAGAUCCAGCUGCAGGACGCGGGCCGCUCAGCCGGGCACCCGCAGGGGCCGACCUCAGGGCCCCCAUCCGCUAGGCCCUACUCCACCAGCUCGGCCUCCACCCACAAGCGCCCGUCGGCCACGCUCAUCGCCUGGGAGCUGCUGCGCACGCAGGGCCUGGCUGGCCUGUAUAAGGGCCUGGGCGCCACUCUCCUCAGAGACAUCCCCUUCUCCAUCAUCUACUUCCCGCUCUUCGCCAACCUCAACCACCUCGGCAUCGACGAGCUCACCGGCAAGGCGUCCUUCGCCCACUCCUUCCUGUCGGGCUGCGCCGCGGGCUCCGUGGCCGCCGCUGCCGUGACGCCUCUGGACGUCCUGAAAACACGAAUCCAAACCCUCAAGAAAGGCCUGGGCGAGGACGUCUACACUGGCAUCGCCGACUGUGCCAGGAAACUCUGGACCCAGGAGGGACCAUCCGCAUUCAUGAAAGGGGCAGGCUGCCGGGCCCUGGUCAUCGCGCCGCUGUUCGGGAUUGCUCAGGGCGUCUACUUCAUUGGCAUCGGAGAGCGCGUCCUGAAGGCUUUGGAGUAGGUCUGCUGGCACCAUGCCCCGACUCGCUGCCACCCCUCCAGCCGGGUUUGCUUUGCCCUGGCCCUGCCAUGGCGCCUGCUCCCUCCGUCUGGAAGAUCACCCUACUCCCCCCUUCCGCGGUACCUGCACCCAUUUCCUUUGGGGCUAGAGACCAGGGACUUAACUUUAUCAAUGCCUCGCUUCGGCUGUACUCCCUGCAGGGCUAACAGAUGCUGCCGGUAGAAGGCUUCAUCGUAACACGUUUCACGCUCAGACUCAGUGCACUUGAGUCCGUUUAAGAAUUUCUCAUAAUUCUAUUUAUCUAAAUUAAAUAACAUAUGAUUAGUCCUAGCACUAACUUUGGGGAAAAGGAGGACCAGAAGUUAAAGGGGACCAUGAAAACCCUGUCAGCACCUGUUUGAAACCAAGCACGUGAUUUCAAAUCACGGACGCCCAAGGGGUGAGCUGACGCUACCUUGGCAGCCUGGCUGGGUGGGGUCCUCGGACCCAAACCCUUCCCAGACACAGGCUCCCGCGGCCCCUGCCCGGUCUGUGGAUCGCUGUCUGAAAUAAAGUCGGUGGUUACAACCUCA